AUGUCAACUGUGGAAGUGAACGAUGUGUUCAGGACCACAGCCGGCAAUUUCUACAUGCCAUCGGUCAACACAUCCGUUUCCUUGCAAACCAUCUACAGAGUUCCAGACAGAAUCCAGCAAGCAAACGAGGGUGCGUUCAAGGCGUACGGGCCCCAGGUCGUGACGAUCGGCCCAUACUAUCACCAUGAAGAAUUUGAAAGGCACAAAGAGCGGUACCAAAAGUCAAUCCUCUUCCGCAAUCGCAACCAUGUGUUGGAGGACUACCACACCGCAAUCGUGGAGAAUGAAGCGCGAAGUUGCUACUCGGGGUAUGUCCACCCCAAAGGCAACGAGUUUGUCAAAAUGAUGGUGCUUGAUGGUUGCUUCAUUGUUGAGCUCUUUCUCAGGGAGAAAGAAAAGAAAGAAAACAAAGAAAAGAAGCCAGAAAAUGAGCAAUCCGAGGAGGACCCUAUAUUUAGUACGAUUUGGAUGCUGCCCCUUAUCAGGUAUGAUAUGCUCCUCCUCGAAAAUCAAAUUCCCUUCUCUGUUCUGAAGGUUAUUUACGAAAAGGCUAGUGGGGGGAAUGGUUCACUUGUGGAACUCGCCCUUGAUUUCUUCAAACCCAUCAUACCUAAUCAUGAGGAAAACGAGAUCAAGGUUUCCGACCAUCAGAUCAAUUUUAACUACUUUCAUCUGCUCCAUUUGUUCCACUCGUAUUUGUGCCCGAAAGGUUCAAAUGAGGCAAAUGAGACCAAGUUGACUAUUAAUAACAGUCGACCAAUCAAGAUGAUCCCUUGCGUGACUGAACUCCAACUUGCCGGGGUCAAGUUCAAGAAGAAGAAGGACUUCAGUAGCUUCUUGGAUGUGAAAUUUAGCGGCGGGGUGUUGGAAAUCCCGUACUUCUGUAUAGAUGACCAUACCAAUACUCUCCUUCGGAACCUUGUAGCGUUGGAACAAUUCUGCUACCCAAAAGUAAAAACGAUCCAUUUCACGAAUUACGUUGGGUUCAUGGAUUGCCUUAUCAACACAUCCAAGGAUGUGGCAUUACUCCAUCGCAAGGGGAUCAUAGAUCAUUUGUUGGGAAGUGAUGGGCAUGUGGCAGACUUAUUCAACCAGCUCUGCUAUGGGAUAUUCAAUGAUUUCGAGGAUCAUAAUUACCUUUCCGGUAUAUACAAGGAUGUGGAUAAAUAUUACAACAACCCAUGGAAGACGCGUUUGGCGAACUUGAAGAGUGAUUAUUUCACCAAUCCGUGGGCCAGCCUUUCUUCGGCAGCGGCCGUAAUCCUCAUCCUGCUCACUUUCCUCCAAACUUUCUACGCUAUCUUUGCUUACCACCGGCCAGGGUCCUAG